AUGUCUUCUACACCUUUUAUUGAAAUAGACUGGUCUUCCGCUUCACAACAUUCUUAUCCUCAACUUGGUGACUUUAUACUGCCUGAAAACGACUCAGCCAUAAUAUUACAUAACACUGAGCGGUCAACAGUACUUUCCGCUAAGGAUAUUCUUUCCCUUGAUAUUGAUGAUAUUUAUCCUUAUAUGUACUCAACUCUUCACUUCAAAGACAAUGACUUGGAAGAAACCUAUAAUGAAAACGAAGAUGACUAUUUUCAAGAACUACUAAAUACUGCACUAAACGCUGAAAUACAAGAAGUCAGCCAUGGAGGAAAUGAUAUACCUCCAGUUUACGACACUCCUUUAACUCCUAUACAGGACAACAUUCCUUUACCACUACUGGAUACUACGCCUCCCUCAGAUAAUUUACCCACAAUUUUAACUCCUAUACAGGACAAUAUUCCUUUACCACCACUGGAUACUGCGCCUACCUCAGAAAAUUUACGCACAAAUGAGAAAAAAAAUACUUUGCUGGUCUCCCUGAAAAAAUUUCACGUGACUAUGCCAAAACGUUCCGGUUAUAACAAGAUUUACGAAAUUCGCCGCUCUAGGAGUUUCUUUUUUGAGCUUGCUGAUCAUAAUCAAAACACCAAUGAAAUUCAUUUGAAGAUACACACGAAUGAUUAUCAUAUGAAAACUAAACCGAUUAGUUAUAAUAACACAAAAACAUCGCUUUCACUUUGGCAUUUAUAUACCUUGACCCUUAUUAAUAACCCUGAACAUUUUCAUAAGGACACACAAUGUGGUAUUCCUACUCCUUUCGUCAUGUCACAUCAUAGACACGCAUGCGUUAUACAUCAACGCACCUUUUCACAAAAUCAUUGUUUUAAAAAUAUCAAAAAGAAACCUUUACCUAAAUCGGACGAUAUACCAACGGAUUUCAUCAAUACUAAAUCAUCUUACGCCAAUUUAUUAUAUUACAGAUGGCUUAAUGGUAAAUCAAAACGUAUUACCUCUAGACGACUGGGUAUUUCGUAUAACAGCGAUAUUCACGCUAGAGAUCUCUCUACAACAUUCAAAAAAGGCAACAGACAUAUGUAUCGAAAAUGUCUGACCAAGUUCCAACGUGAUUUGUCUCCUAAUUUACGGACACAAAAGCAACAAGAUAUACGUUUCAAGCGCACUUGCCGUCGUGUAUUUAAUAAAAUGCGUUUACCGCCUGAUCGUAAGGCUACUAAUCAGGACUAUUUAGCGAUAGCACGCAAAUAUCGCUUUGUAUUCAUGAAAAACCAAAAAGUCAAAAUACCUAUUCGACAUUUAUCAUACAAACAAUGUGAUUCAAUCCCGAACGCUGACGACUAUUCGUUCUUGGUUCCUUACUUCGCUACGGAUUUCAACCAUAAACAACAAAUCAUGACGAAACUCACUCAAGCAUCAUCAUCUACUGGCCCUUCUGCACCACCUGAGAAUUACAAUCCAAUUCCGGAUGUGUUUAUUCCUAAAAAAUAUCAUGAUAUUAUACCUAAAGACCCGAUUUAUAUGAAUAAUCGUUAUGUGGUUCCUGGAUCUAGAGAAUGGUUUACUUAUAUGUAUAACGUUGAUGAAUCUUAUUAUCCACCAGAGAGUAGUACCCCACGUUACAACGCUAAAGGGAAAUAUGUAGCCAGAACUCCAGUAUACCGUUCAGGAGUAGUAGAAAAUUACAUACCAUCACAUAUAGUAGAAAAAUCUCAACUACGUAGAACUGAAAAAAUAAAGGCGGAUGCUUUAACAAUAGAGGCAGCAUACCAUGGGACUACUCCCAAGCAUUAUAAUACUCAUGCUAAUAUCAUCAAAUCCAUAACAGACGCUUCAUAUUAUUUUCACGAAAGCACACCUGGUUAUUUAGCCAAAAGAAAACAGAUUCAUGACUCCGGUCUCAGUAUUGAUAUGUUAGAUAAAAAGCAUAAUAAAGCUAUUAAAAAUCAUAAUCUCCAUACUCAAGGAGCUAUCGAAGAGUGGGGUCCUGUAGGGGAUGACGAACAAAGAAACAUCAAAAUUCCAAGAAAAUUAUUUCCCAAGAAGAAAAAAAAUAAAAGCUUACCAAGAAUAUGGAAAACACAAGCUUUCCAAACUGGAGACGGCCAGGUUUUAUUUUUAUUUCAUAAAAGUGGAGAUUUUUUCUUUGUUUUAGCCUUCGGACAUGUUAGAUUUUGAUGGAACAGAGCAUGGAACUCAGAAUUCAGCAAUUUUUGAUCUGGGGAUUUGUUUUCUAAGACCGGCUCUUCUGAUUUUUAGACGUUUGGAAUUUUGCAUGAAGAAUACAGCUUCGAACUCUGAAGAAACCUAAUAUUCUGGUACUUAGAUUAAAACUGCGUGACACAAAUAUAAAAUUUGUUAAUACGUACAUGUACAAAUUUAUAUUCAAAAUAGCUCAUAAUUGGAAUAUAUUUAAUAU